CGCCUCGUUCGAUGAGGAGGGAUGCGUCUCGUCCAGUUUGUGGUGUAACCUGUGUGGCAGAUUCAUCAUGUAUAAUCGCUUAUGAGAGCUCGUACUCCAACAGAUUGUGCUUUUUUUUUAACCUAAUUUACUAAAACCUUCCUGACGUUAUUUAUUAACUACUUUUUCUGGAGCUUGCUUUUUCUUUCUUUCGUUGGUUGGUUGGUUGGUUGGUUGGCAUGAUGGGGAAUUGUUGUCUAUCAGGUGAAGAACGAGAAGCUCGCAGAAUCCAUGAUGACAUUGAGAGAUGGCUCAGAAUAGCCGAUGAUGAAGCUAAGCACCAGGUGAAGCUGUUACUUUUAGGUACAGGUGAGAGUGGAAAAAGCACCUUCAUCAAGCAGAUGAGGAUCAUCCAUGGAAAAGGCUACUCGGAGGACGAUAGGAGGGCCUUCACCAAGUUCAUCUUCCAGAAUAUAUUUGUGGCAGUGCAAGAUAUGAUCAAAGCCAUGAAAAAUCUCCAGAUCCAGUUUACAGACGACAGAAAUAGAAGUUACGCCGUGAUGCUGCUUAGUGUGACUCCAGAUAAUAUGAGCACUAUGGAUCAGCAUUAUGUCGAGGCUAUACGCAGCAUGUGGCAAGAUCCCAGCAUGCAACAGUGCUACGAGCGCAGGAGAGAGUACCAGCUUUCUGAUUCGGCCAAAUAUUACCUGGAUGAUAUCGAGCGAAUAUCAGCUCCCCUGUACGUACCCUCCGAGAAGGAUAUUCUCCGAGUCCGAGUUCGCACCACUGGAGUCAUCGAGUACCACUUUAAACUUAACUCCGUUAUAUUCAGGAUGGUUGAUGUAGGGGGUCAGCGUUCAGAGAGGAGGAAAUGGAUCCACUGUUUUGAAAAUGUGACUUCUAUCAUUUUUCUGGUGGCACUGAACGAGUAUGACCAGGUCCUGUUUGAGAACGAGAAUGAGAAUCGUAUGGAAGAGAGUAAAGCACUCUUUAAGACCAUCAUCAGCUACCAAUUUUUCCAAAGCACCUCCAUCAUUAUCUUUUUCAACAAAACAGAUCUCCUUCAAGAGAAAAUCCACAAGUCCCACCUCGCAGACUACUAUCCUGAAUACAGAGGUCCCAAAAAUGAUGCAAAUGCAGCGAUGAAGUUCAUCCUCAAAAUGUAUGAAGCUCUGAACUCCGAGUCACGCAAGCGCCUGUACUCACAUUUCACUUGUGCUACAGACACAGAAAAUAUCCGUUUAAUCUUCUCAGCUGUGAAAGACACUAUCAUGAGGAUCUACAUCAAGGAAUUCGGCCUGACUUAGAACAUCUGAGGCUAUGGCUUUUAUUUUAAUAUUGCAAUUAUUUAUUUACUACUGUUAUUUAGAUCUGACGUUCCCUUACAGAAGAGUCACAUGUGAAUUUUCCAUUUUCCAUGAUAUCACGUAUGCUUUCUUGCGUUCACGGUAGCAGUUUCAAGGCACAGCAUGGUGGUAACAUUUUCACAUCAACAUAACAUCUCACAUGAAAUGGAUGGGGAUUUCUUGUCAGGGUUGUGACUUUUUUUUUAUUUUAUUUUAUUAUAUUUUUAGGACAGAUAUGAUUUGUGUGUUAAAAGUGUUUCUGUAAGCCUACAGUAUAAUACUGCCAAUACUGCAUUUUAAAGCUUGCUUCAGUUUUGUACAAAAACCACAUUCAACACCAAGAAGCUGGAACUUUUCACCAUUCAAACCCUUAAGGACCUGUUUUGGGUGGCACGGUGGUGUGGUGUAGUGGUUAGCGCUGUCGCAUCAUAGCAAGAAGGUUCUGGGUUCGAACCCAGUGGCCGGCGAGGGCCUUUCUGUGUGGAGUUUGCAUGUUCUCCCUGUGUCUGCAUGGGUUUCCUCCGGGUGCUCCGGUUUCCCCCACAGUCCAAAGACAUGCAGGUUAGGUUAAUAUGGGACGGCCUUGGGCUGAGGUGCCGUUGAGCGAGGCACUGAACUCCCAACUGCUCCCCGGGCACUGUUAGCAUGGCUGUCCACUGCUCUGGGUAUGUGUGUGUGCUCAUUGCUCAUGUGUGUGUUCACUGCUUCAGAUGGGUUAAAGGCAGAGAGGAAAUUUCACAAGUGUGUGAUGAAUAAAGUUGUGCUUUCUUUCUUUUAUUUUCUCUCAGAGUCCAGGUGUGGAGCUCGCCCCAAUAACCUACCCUUGACAGGAUAUCUCUAUUUGAUGUUGAUCCAAAUGAGGGAUAUUUAAAUUCAGACAUUUUAAAAAACCCAAUAAUUAAAUCCAAUAAUGCAAUGAAAUGGCAUAUUAACAUUUUGUAAUUUAACAAAUACCAUAAACAUGUUCCAUGUUGUAGUUCAGAGUAUGUCCACUAGGUGGAAGCACUGUAUUUGGGUCGGUCUACGAGUGAUCCGGUCACCCUGACUCGAUUCAGUGAGUCAGAUCAUUUGACUCGACUCAGCAGUAAGACUUGACUAUUUUGCCAAACGACUCAGUUUUUUUUGUUUGUUUGUUUGUGGUUUUUUUUAACAAUAUAAUUAACAAUUAUUCCACAAAAUCGAGUUGUACAUGAGCUGAUAGCAGCAAAAAGCCCUGUACUACGAGGUUGAGUGGAAUAACUGUUUUAUUCUCUCCACAUUCACUGGAUUUUGAGAAACAGAGUAUUUUUAUUUUUCGCAAAUUUGAUAAAUAAUAACUUUAUACAAAACAUCCGACAAAAUUUCUGCUUAGAAUGUAAACAAACCGGCGAAAUGGCAGGAACAAUUUGUGAAAAACGCUCUAAUAAUUCUUGAAAAAGGGCGUCACGGUGGUGUAGUGGUUAGCGCUGUCGCCUCACAGCAAGAAGGUCCGGGUUCGAGCCCCGUGGCCGGCGAGGGCCUUUCUGUGCGGAGUUUGCAUGUUCUCC